AUGGGUCGGAAAAAGAUACAAAUCCAGAAAAUAGCAGACGAGAAGUCUUGCUUGGUCACAUUUUCCAAGAGGAAGCAAGGUCUUUUCAAAAAGGCGUAUGAACUGAGCAUAUUGUGUGGAUGUGACAUCGUCCUAAUCGUGUUUACCAAAGCGGACGGUCUGUAUCAGUAUGCAUCGGAAUCCAUUGAACGCGUACUCGAGCGGCGCCGGACCCACAAAAGCGCAGAUAAAGUCCUGACCAACGAAACAAUGAGAAAACACCUUAAACAGCGCCAGAAGCGGAACGUUUCACCCUCUCACCAUUCGGACGAUACCACAGAUCCAUCAAACGGAUGCCUAAUUAUUGAUGAAGAUUAUCCCUUUGACUCUAACUGCGCCAAUAGCCAUUCAACCCCUGUCAAGCGACCAUGCGGUGUUGACUCAAUCAUGGAGAAAUCUCCAAAACGUGCCCGCAGCUCUGGAUCUUCAAGGUUGACUGAUUUUGAGGGCUAUGUACCCAAUACUGAUGAACCGGAUCCUAUCAGGCUGACAGAGGUUCCAUCAGAAGAUGUCUCCUUCCCGGACAACGCCAAGCAGACUGGUGCAACCUCGUCAGAACUGCCGUUGGCACCACCAUGUGCCCAAUACGCCGUUGUGGUCCCCAUUAAAUCUGAACCAGAUUCAAAAGGCGAAGGUGCAUACACCCUUACUUGUACGACAAACCAGAACAUUGUAUCAUCCGCAGUUUUUUGGCGCUGUUCUACCCCCGUUCCUUUGAACAGUGCUCCAGCAGAAAAUCCUCUGUCGCUCCUGCUGUUCGCGCAACCAAUGUUGAGCAGUUCAACUAAUUACCCCAAAAGCGAACAAGCAAACAAAACAUCCUCGACAGAAGCUGGAUCCCUUGAGGCGGAAACUCCAGCCGUUGUCGCACCGGAUGAUGGUUCGCGUGACGAUUCGGGAUCACAUCCCACAGAGGCACCGAGCUGUUCCACGGCUGCCUCUGAACUGUCUCCCACCAAAGGAGAGCCAGCUGUUUCUCCUACCCAGGACAUUGCAACCCCGGAUGUAGAGACGUCUUCAGUCGGCACCAGCCUGUCCGUACCUUCAACACCACCAGUUGAUUUGGACGCGGGAAGAAUGGUGAAACGCCGGUCGCGACGGAGGCCAACUCUGAGUCCACUUCGAGUACCAACUCAGCAGUCCAGGUCCACUAGCACAGAAUAUAAACCAGUCCCUAGGGGCACAUUUUUGGAUACGCCUGAGGUGGGGACAUUUCUCAAAAAUUUGGAGGUUUCUCAGUGUCCUUUGUACGGAGCAGGGACGGAUUCAUCGCUAGUCGAUCCAUCAUACAGCUAUCUGAGCCACUUAUGGUCCGUCUCCCCGCUAGUCACCCGCUCUAUGUUGGCCAUCACGGAUCCGUUGGACCAAGCCUCCAAUUAUCUUCGACUGAAUCUGGCUAGUGCAAACGGCGGACAUUUGGCCAAUAUACCCAUGCCAAAAACUCCCACUGGUGGUCUGGACACCCCAGUUGUAGAACUCCCGUUUCUUGUUCAUCCGACAUUAAUUCGUGAUUUACUCCAUACCUACCACCUUUCUAUUUUCCACGAUUUAUCGAAAUUCGUCCAUCCGGAGAUCUCGUUCGUUUUAUUUCUUUACUGGGCGUCUACUUUAUGA